UGACAGCCGAUAUAUAAGAACCAAAGAUUACUUAUAAUUCCAGAAGAUAAAAAUAUAGUUAUGUAAAAAUAAAGUACAAAAUAGCAAUUAUGAACAUUUAAAAAAUUGGAUUUUUAUUUUUCUGUAAAUAAAUUUUAGAAAAAUGUCCGUAGAGGGUGAAAAAAGGAGUUACGGUCUAGAAGACUUACGGAAUAUUUGGAAAACAUACAGUCGAAAGAAAUCAUUUAGAUACGGAUUACCCUUUAUAAUAUUUAUGAUAGGAGGAUCAUUUGGGUUAAGGGAAUGGACACAAAUAAGGUACCAAUUUUCGAAGGUUAAAGGUAUAAGCAAAGAGGAAGCAGAAAAAAUGGGUCUUCAUAAAGAAAAAAAUGUUACUUUAGAGGGUGCUUAUGAAGACAUUCAAAAGUUGGAUAUAGACAAUUGGGAAAAUAAAAGAGGCCCACGACCUUGGGAACAAAAUGAAACACAAAAAAAGAAUUGACUUUAAUAUAUAUAUGUAAUGUUAUAUAAUUAGUUAAUAAUGUGUAAAUAACACACAUAGUUUGUAAUUUAGUAUGUUAUAAGAGCUAAUUAAAAACAAGUUUAAAUCAAAAAUAUAAUUUA